AGCAGGACGCGCGCGCUUUCCGCCGCGGUUCCAAUUACGGCGCACGCGCACCGCUGAAAGCUCGCUCGCGCCGAUUCUCUUCAGUCAUCUUGCAAAGCUCGACGCGUGCGGUCGCCUUGUAAGUGUCGAACAAUAAUCGAAUUUUCACGUUACGGAGCUAAACUUUAUUGUGACCGUGUCCAAGUGAUUGUGUUAUCAACUUUCAGUGACGUUUUGUGUUUGAUAUUGACAUUUUUUAUUGUAUAGUGACAUUUUGUGACGUAGCGGAUAGUCCGAGAGGGAAUUGUGUUCAUUCCCAGAAGUUGAAUCUAAUGGAUCCCAAUAAGAGGAGUUGAGUUUGUCGGUGAAACAUGAAUCUCGCCGUGAUUGCGUUUUGGCGCGAAAUGCCAUUUGCCAUUACGUUCCUGUUGGCAACGGCGUGUGUUGUUACCGCAAGAGAUAUUGUUUUAGACAAAGACUACACACAUUUAGAAGCGUCACUCAACGAACGUCUUCGUCUGACGUGCGGUGUCAAGCCAUCUGAGAAGUCAGCAGUGCUGUGGUACAAGGAUGGUCAGGUCGUGGAUUCACAGAGGAGCAGGGUAGUCCAACAGAGGCAAUGGUUACGGAUAAAAGGACUCAGACCCAAAGAUACGGGGCUGUACGCUUGUAGGACUGACAAUGAUGAAGCCAAAGAAAUGACAGUUAGAAUCAGCUUAAAACACAACACCGCCCAAGAUAUUGAAGAUUACCAAGCGGACAUGGGCGAUCGAGCUCUCCCUGAAACACUAUCUCAAGUCAAAAGUGCAGCUCUAGUAGAAAACAAUACACUCGACGAAAAUGCAACGGACAGCAAACGAUACUCCAAGGACGAUGAUCCUGAUGAGAAGGGGGAGAAAGACCAUCCCAACUAUGGACAUGUCGAUGAGAAGCAAGAAUACUUCCCUCCAAGGUUCAAGCAUCCGACGAAAAUGUUCAAAAUGGAUAUGAAACCAGCUGGGAAUUCUAUAAGGCUGAGGUGUGCCGCCGAAGGAAAUCCAACGCCGAACAUAACUUGGUACAAGAACAGGAGCACCCCAAUAUCCAGGGUGUUCUUCCAACCCUCCUAUGGGAAGUGGUCGAUGGCUUUGGACGAGUUGACUAAAGCCGACAACGGAAACUACACUUGUGUCGUCUGCAACCAGCUCGGUUGUAUCGAGCAUACUGUUGUACUUCAUAUUCAAGAGCGGCUUUACGCGAAGCCAGUACUGACUCGUGGGGCCGACAACCAAACAGUUGUGGUCGGGGAGACAGCUCGCUUCGAGUGCCAGUUCCUAACUGACCUCCACCCCUCAGUCUACUGGAUGUAUUUCACCAGAGACGAGUACAUUUACAAUGAAACUGUCGAUCCCAGUGAUGCGACCACCAAGGAGAAUGUAGUCUACUUCGAUAGGAACAAAGUUGUCGUGAGUGAAAACGCUACGGACAAACCAGAACAGUUAACAAUAUACAAUGUUACUAAGGAAGAUGAGGGAUGGUAUGUGUGCGUAGCACUCAACAGUCUAGGAAACACUACGGCAAGGGGAUUCUUGACUGUUUUAGAAUCACCACCUGUCCAAGAAGCGCCUGACCAUGGGAAGCACACGCUGCUUAUCAAUAUACUGACCGUGGUCCUUGGAGCCAUGUUCUUCGUAGCCGCGAUAAUAGUGGUGAUGAUCUGCAAGAAGUUAAAGAGGGAGAAGGAACAGAAGCAGCUCGCGAUAGAGACAGCGAGAGCAGUAAUAGUGACGCACUGGACCAAGAAGGUGACGGUAGAGAAACCGGCGUUGAAUGGAUCGCCGACUGCUACCGGUGAAGCUUUGCUGAUGCCAGUAGUGAAAAUCGAGAAACAGAAGCUAUCGCAAGUGCAGAACACGACAAACGAUUCAAUGAUGAUGUCCGAAUACGAGUUGCCGAUGGACAUCGACUGGGAGGUCCCGAGAGAGUCCCUGUGCUUAGGCAAGGUACUCGGUGAGGGCGAGUUUGGCAAGGUCGUGAAGGCCGAGUGUGUUGGAAUAUUGAAGCCUGGAAUGCAAUCGGUGGUUGCUGUUAAGAUGUUAAAAGAGGGCCACACUGACGCAGAGAUGAUGGCACUUGUCUCGGAGAUGGAGAUGAUGAAGAUGAUUGGGAAGCACGUCAACAUCAUCAACUUGCUGGGAUGCUGCACGCAGGACGGACCUCUGUACGUCAUCGUGGAGUACGCGCCCAAUGGAAACUUGAGGGAGUUCCUGAGGAACCACAGACCUGGAAACAGAUACGAAUCACCGACCGAUGACUUGAAAGAGAAGAAAACUCUUACACAAAAGGAUCUUGUUUCAUUUUCAUAUCAAGUUGCCCGAGGAAUGGAAUACUUAGCUUCUAGACGGUGUAUCCACCGAGAUUUGGCAGCUCGUAACGUUCUCGUCUCCGACGAUUGCAUCCUCAAGAUAGCAGACUUUGGUCUCGCUAAGGAUGUCCACAGCAACGACUACUACAGGAAGAAGACGGAAGGCAGGCUGCCCGUCCGGUGGAUGGCUCCAGAGUCACUCUACCACAAAGUGUUUACUACACAGACUGAUGUCUGGUCCUUCGGCGUGCUCCUGUGGGAGAUCAUGACGCUGGGCGGCACGCCGUACCCCACCGUGCCGGGACAGUACAUGUACCAGCAUCUCAGCGCAGGACACCGGAUGGAGAAGCCGCCUUGCUGUAGUCUUGAAAUAUACAUGCUGAUGCGCGAGUGCUGGUCCUUCUCUCCGGGCGACAGACCGUCCUUCACGGAACUAGUGGAGGACCUGGACAAGAUCCUCACAGUGACUGCCAACCAGGAGUACCUGGAUCUUGGACUUCCACAGUUGGACACCCCCCCUUCAAGUUACGACGGCUCAGGGGAUGAAAGCGAUAGUGACUUUCCAUUCAUUAAGUAGACUGUUAGUGAUCUUUGGCAGGUAGCAACCGCACGUUGUUUUAUGGAAUAGUUGUGCCUUACCCUGGCAAAGGAGAGUGUCUUUCACCAAGCAACGACGUCAGAAGGAUGAUGUUUUUGAUAAAUAUUCUUGGAUGUAGUGUUAUUUUACCAUUUCGCCAGUAUUGGGCACUUACAGUAAUCUUGAAACAGUGUUUUUGCCGUUGUGGAAGCAAGACGCCACUUCAUACAAUGGCUGUCUCUUUUCCAACAUGUUAAGUCCUGCUUCAAGAUCUGAUACUAUAGAUACAAGAGUACGAAUUUUAACAUCAAAACUUUUUGAUAUUUCAUGAUCAUAUAAGUAUUGAUGACGCAUCAGAAGGCUAUGUAUAUGCUACCCUUUUAGCCGAACUUAAUAUUAAACCCACCAAUUACAA